AUGCCCUGGGCCCCAACUACAACAAAGCCGUGGGCUGCCUUUGAUGACGAGGAAGGAAGCCGAAACCUGCGGCGGGCCAGAGAAGCUGUGGUCGUGGCAUUGGCAAAGGCGGCGGCAGCGGCGCCGGUGGAGCGAGCACUUGUUGAGGCUCUCCAGCAUCGGUACCCACAAGAUCGAGGAGAGGCCAAGCAGGGAUACGUCUGGGAACCACACGUUUGCGCAAGCCAUGGACAGUGGCAUACAAUGCUACACCCAAACCAUCCCGACGUGGCCGCCGUCUAUGUCGACGCCUUGUUGAACCUGACACCAUGGGACCUCUGGGACUUGCGAACAGGAGCACCGACCAAGGGGGCGAGGACACUGGAUGCCAAAGCGGCCUUGGAUGACGCCCUCACCAAGCACCCCAACCACCCUGGAAUGCUUCACCUCUACAUUCACCUCAUGGAGAUGUCGGCCCAGCCGGAGUUUGCCCUGAACGCGGCCGACAGACUGUUGGGCAUCAUCCCCGACUCGGGCCAUCUCAACCACAUGCCAUCUCACAUUUACAUGCUCUGCGGAGAUUACCGUUCCGCAAUAACUUCCAACUCGGCGGCUGUGCGGGCGGACCAAAAGUUUGUGCAAAGAGACGGCGCCAUCAACUUUUACAGUCUGUACCGCUGCCACGACUUGCAUUUUCGGCUUUAUGCUGCCAUGUUUGCGGGACAGUCCGCAGUGGCUCUAGAAACAGCCCAGUUGCUCGAGGAGGCGAUACCGGAAGAGCUUCUGAGAGUGCAAUCGCCGCCAAUGGCCGACUGGCUGGAGGGAUUUCUUGCCAUGAGGGUACAUGCGCUCGUUAGGUUUGGUAAGUGGGAGGCCAUACAGCGUCUCCCUUUACCAAAAGACAAGUCGUUAUACUGUUCCACGACGGCCAUGAUUCUCUACGCAAAGGGUGUGGCUUUCGCCAAUACCGGGAGAUUCCAAGAGGCCGAGGAAGCGCGAGCUCAGUUCCGGAGUGCAGUCAAGACCGUGCCCGCCUCAAGGACAGUCUUCAACAACCCGUGCCAAGGUAUCCUAGCUAUCGCCUCUGCCAUGUUGGAUGGAGAGUUGGAGUAUCGUCGGGGAAAUAUCGAGCUGGGGUUUGAGCAUCUGCGCAGGUCUAUUGAGCUGGAUGAUGCUCUGCCGUAUGAUGAGCCCUGGGGCUGGAUGCAGCCGACCAGGCAUGCUUAUGGGGCUCUGCUGUUGGAGCAGGGAAGAGUAGAAGAGGCCCUUGCGGUGUAUGCAGCGGAUUUGGGAUUCGAUGGCACCCUUCCCCGAGCCUUGCAGCACCGAAAUAAUGUGUGGGCAUUGCAUGGCUAUCACGAAUGCCUCACCACGCUCAAGAGGGAGGCCGAGGCCAAGAUUGUGUGGCCCCAGUUGCAGAUUGCUUUAGCGGUAGCAGAUGUUCCCGUCAUGGCUUCCUGCUUUUGCCGGAAGAAUCCAGGUGGCACCCACAAGCUGUAG